ACUCACCCAUCCACAUCCAGUCGAAAGCAUGAAUCAGUUUGUGGUCUUGGCCUGCCUGGCGGUUAUCGGCGGUUCGCUGGCCGCUCCCCGUCCGGAUGUGUCCCAUCUGGGCUAUCGCUACCAGGCCGGUGGCUACAACGGCAAUCUGCCCAGCGCUGUGGUGAGCACCCCGCUGGUUGGCACCGUUGGCACCGUUGGCACCGUUAGCACCUCCUACCAGCCCACGGCCGCCGGCACCAACUACUUCAGUUCGGCGCCCUCCAUCGGACAGCUGAAUGGCUUUGCUCCCUCCUCCUCGUUGAGCUGGACUCAGUCUGGCGGUGGCGGCGUCGGCGUCGGCGUUGGUGGUGGUAUCGGCAGUGGUAUCGGCAUCGGUGGUGGUAUCGGUGGCGGUAUCGGAUCCUCCUCCAGCAGUGACAGCAUCGGACUGCAGGGCCUGCAGCCCGGACCCGCCAUCAACUACAACGAGCAGGAGUCGUACAUCAGCCACCUGGCGAACUUCCAGCCCGCGCAGGUCAGCAAGCACUACUACAUCCACACCGCCCCCGAGGAUCACGACGAGCAGCAGAUCGUCCGCUACGUGAAUGUGGGCAGGCCCCAGAAGAACUACCGUGUGGUGUUCAUCAACGCGCCCACAUCGACCACCAGCAAGGCCAAGAUCAUUGCCAAUGUGGCGCCCGUCGAGGAGAAGACCGCCAUCUAUGUGCUGUCCAAGAAAUCGAACGCUCUGGAUGUCAGCGCCGAGGUGGUCACACAGCGGCCGGUGGCCAACAAGCCCGAGGUCUUCUUUGUCAAGUACAAGACGCCCCAGGAGGCGGCUCAUGCCCAGCAGACCAUUCAGGCCAACUAUGAUGCUUUGGGCGGGGCUUCUGAGACCAGCAAUGAGGGCAUCAUUCCCGUGUCAUCGGUGAUUGGCAGCCUGGGCGACAAUGGCGCCUCUGGCGUGGUCACCGAUGCCAGUGGCAGCCUCAACAUUGUCGGCACUGGCGGUGUGCCCACCGUGGAUGCCAGCUACAACAACAACAACAAUAAUGUGGGAUUCGAUGCCGAGGGCAGCCAGCGUCAGGUGAUCAGCACCUUCAGUGGCUCCAAUGCUCAGGCCACCUAUCUGCCCGCUAGGCCAGUCCGCAAGUAGAUAAAUCCCAAUACCAAUCCAUAUCCAUCCACACAAAUAUACACAAACACACACACGUACACACACUGCCAGGACCCAGCACCCAGCACCCAAAUGGACACCCCACACACAAUACUGCUCAGGAUUCUAGGCAGACAGUUCCAAAACUGUCUAGACUUCCGUUGAGCUAACUUUUGCGAUUUUCGAUUUUCGAUUUAGAUUCUCCUUUCGGCAUUAAUUCUGUAUAAUUUUUUUUUUUUUUUAAUAAAACUUAAGCAUUCUUAUAGGCAUUCAAAAAAUGUAAACAAAAUGG